UACAUUACACUGUGGAAGCAGUGCGGGAGCAGUGGGAAGUCGAUGUUUUUUUCCAGUCUUUUUCUGAUUGUUUUAUGACUUUUUUGCUUUUAUCCCUCCUGCGUUGAGGAUGUAUUUGAAGCAUGAAAGCAGCGUCGCUUGUUGUCCUCGCUAAGUGUUAAAACUGCACAUCCCUCAGUUACCUUUUCACCUCCACACGGUGUUUUGGUUUUUUUUAGCCUACUUUUUUCUCACUCCACACUUUCAAGGAGCUUCUUCACUGGACCACCGAGGAAAUAAACUCACUUUUUUUUAAAUGCACUUUUUAAGUCAUUUUUUUUACUGGACCGUAUCCGUCGUCAUUUCGUGUGUGUGUGUAUUGAGUGAAAAAAUAGUGAUGAGAUUUUAACUCGUGGUUUGUCUUCCUUUUUUUAUUUUUUCCCUCAUGACAUUGAGGCGUGCACCGGACUCUCAAUCUGAGACUUUAAGUUUUUCGGCUCUUUUUUAGUUUUAAGCACUCGUGGUGAAAAAAAGGACGCCGAAAUCAGCCACACUCCUCCUGUUGCUUCACUAAAAACACACCGGCAGCGUGUUUGCACGCCGCUUCCUCUCCGAGUGACUCCCGGUCGACGCUCCGGUUAAAGAGGGGGACGUUCACUCGGUUUCGGGGGGAUUUUAGUGGGAGUUUUCCCCCUCCUGUAGUUUCGGACACUGCUGGCGUGUGUGUGUCGGCUUCCCAAUUUCUUGGUGAAACAACAAACAAAAUAAAAAAAAAAUGCCACAGUUAUCAGGCGGCGGCGGAGACCCGGAGCUGUGCGCCACAGACGAAAUGAUCCCGUUCAAAGACGAAGGAGACCCGCAUAAGGAGCAGAUCUUCGCCGAGCUCAGCCACUCGGAGGAAGAGGGAGACCUGGCAGACAUCAAGUCAUCUCUGGUCAACGAGUCAGAGAGCAGCCCCAACAGCAACAGCCACGAUGCAGCUAGACAGUCCCAAAUACCGCAAGAUUCAUAUCACGAAAAACACAGAGACCAUCCGGAUGAUGGAAAACUCCAGGACCUGUACAGUAAAGGCCAUCCGUACCCGGGCUACCCAGGCUACAUCAUGAUGAACAACAUGAACGACUCCUACAUGAACAAUGGCUCCCUCUCGCCGCCCAUGCCCAGAACGUCCAACAAAGUCCCUGUGGUGCAGCCGUCCCAUGCAGUCCACCCACUCACCCCACUGAUCACGUACAGUGAUGAGCACUUCGCCCCAGGAUCCCAUUCUGGUCUUCACCCCCAGGAGGUGAACAACAAACAAGGAAUGCCGAGGCAUCACUCCGGACCAGACAUGCCCAACUUCUACUCUCUGUCUCCUGGAGGAGUCGGACAGAUCACGCCACCGCUGGGAUGGUUCUCACACCACAUGGUGCCCGGCCCCCCAGGUCCCCACGCCACAGGGAUCCCCCACCCGGCCAUCGUCAACCCACAGGUCAAACACGAGCCUCCGCAUGAAACAGAUAUCAUGCACAUUCUUUACAGGAAACCCCAGCACGAACAGAGAAAGGAGCAGGAGCCCAAAAGACCGCACAUCAAGAAGCCGCUAAACGCCUUCAUGCUCUACAUGAAAGAAAUGCGUGCGAACGUGGUCGCCGAGUGCACGCUGAAGGAGAGUGCCGCCAUCAAUCAGAUCCUGGGACGAAGGUGGCAUGCUUUAUCUCGGGAAGAGCAAGCUAAGUAUUAUGAGUUAGCCCGCAAGGAACGGCAGCUCCACAUGCAGCUCUACCCUGGCUGGUCCGCUCGAGACAAUUAUGGAAAGAAGAAGAAGCGGAAGAGGGAGAAGAUGCAGGAAUCAGCCCCAGGUACAGGCCAGAGAAUGAAAACGGCGUACAUCUGAGAAUAUGGAGGAAAACGGAACAAUUUCUCCACAUGCAAAGCGAAGGCAGCAGCUACGGGCCCUCUGCUAGAGAUGGAGGCCUGUUAGAUUCCAUGAAGACCCUUAAAUCUCCAAACUGAAGCCUCCCGUUCUCAGAGGACCCCACCUCCCCCUCCUCCCAAACCCACCUAACCCUUACGCCCCCUUUCUUCAACACAGUCACAUGCCGCCACCACCACCACCACCCAAAACACUUCACUGUCUGACUCUACUCCCGUCCUAAAGGCGCCUGCUGUAGAGACACUGAACUGAACAAGACAAUCAUGAUUAGUAGGAGCACCCUCACGCGACCACGUCCUCUCACCGAAAUCAAUUUGACGUCUGUGUUUUUGUCAGUUUCCUUUUUACAAUCAGCUUUAUCGCAAUUCUUAAGGCACUGCACUGAAAACAGCAGCAAUUUUGAUGUGCGCACAAACUUCUUCACUGCACCACCCAAACCCCUGUUUCCAAGUUUACUGUAAGUUAUUUGUCACCUCGGUUCCUUUUGUAUAGUUCAUUAGGCUGACAUUCACUCCCUCAACACCUUCCUUCCCCCUCUCCAUUCUCUCUCUCUCCCUGGAUUUUUGAGACCAUUUGGGGUUUCGCCCGACCGACCAAACACCUCUUUUUAGACUGCACUAAGGAAGCCGGAGGGAUCUCAUCUUGUCUACGAAACGUCCUCAAGACGCCAUUUUUAGUUUGUCGCUGACCAGUUGGUGCAAAAAAGGAUCAACAUUUUGAUUUGCUUUUCAUUUUAGACUGAAUUUUAUUUUGAAUGCUUUUUUGUAUUUUGAACCCUUGUUUCAA